AUGCCAUCUACAUGGGAAGAUCAUGCAGUGGAAGUCCAUAUUCUCCGGUCUGGGCUGAGGUAUAAAGACAGGGCUCGUCUCGUCUUCAUCAGCAUCAUCAUCAGCAUCAGCAACUACUACUUCUUCACCAUCAAAAUCAUCAUCACCUUACCAACCAUCAACAUGAAGGCCACCUACGCCAUCGCCCUUCUGGGUGCCACUUUGGCCUCUGCCCAGUUCACCAACCAGACCAGACCCUUCUGGCUCAAGUUCACUCCCUGCACCGGCGGCUCCGGCGAGACCUACCUCGCCUCGUGCCACUCCGGCGCCGGUCAAGCUGGUCUCUGCCCCGAGACCACGGAGCCCGUCCAGGAAGCCAACCGCCCCACGACCCACACAAACUACUUCCUCAACGAGACCCAGUCUGACUACAAUGGCCACCUCCUCGGCGCCCUGACCUGGAACCAGCCCAUCGGCAACGGCGACCCAGUCUCCUCCGGCAUGAUGCUCAACCUGCAAAUCGUUAGCAACGGUGCCAUCCCCAUCUUCUCCCCCGGCAAUACCGCCCUCUUCACCCUCGGCUUUGACGAGAACGAGAAGCUCUUCAUCUACUCCCGCGCGGACGACUCAAAGGCCGUUGCUGGCUCGCAAGCUCCCUAUGGCGACGAGGCGUACUAUCGCUGGCACGUCUGCUACACCUUUGUCGGCAAUUACUACUACCGCUCACUCGUCUGGAUCACCGCCGGCCCGGCUUCCAACCCUACCUGCGAGGCUGUUGAUGUGUACCGCGAGUGGGCUUAA